GGAUUGCUUCCUCAAGUUCCUCACAAGGACCACCCCGGUAAUACAGACAAUGGACUCCAUCGCCGGGUGUGUAGUGCAUCCGCUGGUGCUGCUUCUUCUCCAAACAUUGCAUCACAGUGCGUCUGAACUGGUCUGUCCCAGUGUUGGGUAUCUUGGAUCUCCUGCUAACCUGACCUGCAUCUCACCCAGUGAUGUCACGUCAUAUGGAUAUACAACAUCGCAGGGUGAAGUUGCUGCCAUCUGUAAUGUGCCAGGUUCAUCAUGUACAUCAGUGGGUGACUACAUGGCGUCUACCAUUAACCAGACACACAGCCUCCUCACCAUACCUGCAGUACAACCAGCACAUGUAGGGGAGUGGAGAUGUCACAACUCGCCCUGUAACCUCACAGUUGUCAAAGAGCCGUCAUGCUUCCUUACAUACGCCGCGAACUCUUCCUCUCGCUGUGAUGGGGGAGAUCUUAUGGCCCACGUCAUUGGAUAUUACUGUUCAGAACGGGUCCAUCUGAAGCUGGUGUCUGAAGGCUCUGACACCGAACUUGCUAAUGAAACAGUCCAUGAGACGAAAAACAUAACCGUUCAAAUCUUAGUCACCAGCACUCCUUCCAACUUGGUCUUCACGUGUGGCGGAUACAUUCGAACUAUUCCAUGCAGCUGCAACAAAGAGACUGUCAGAACAGAACGAGAGAAGAAGGACGGUAUCUUAAAUCUACAAACAUUUCUGAUUGCGGGCAUCUUUGUGUCAGGAUUUGUCAUAACUCUCAUCAUCUUAACCUGCGUCCUGGUGAAAAGGAGAACUCUAAAAGCUGGUUCUGAAAUGCAGUGUUCCAACACGAAUUCUGCAUCUGCCCCUCCAGGUGACGCAUCUGGUGAACCAUCUGAUGUACACGUGUGGGGAGUAGAGGGUGGUGGUUUGGGUGCCUUAGAUGCUUUACCUACAGCGAUGGAGCAAGAACACCACUCUCCCGCCAUGAACAUAGAACUGAGCACGUUUGGACUAUAUUCAAGUGACACGACACUGUUAGAUGAUGACUUCGAUUAUGAUGGUGAUGAUGGUGAUGAUGAUGAUGAUGAUGAUGAAUUUGAUGUGAUAUGAUAGGUUUCUUGGAUAAACAGUGAGAGACUCGAAUUUGUCAGAAUAUACUACACGAAUGAAUUUUAAAUAUGCAAGACUCCAACUCUGACCUUUUGGGGACUGAGCUGGGGACACAAAGUCAUGAUUCCACCCAAUAAUUCUAGUAUUCCUCCACGCCACAAACACAAGCAAUAUUGGAAUCAUGCAUAGUGAAUCAGUGAGUGAUUUCGUCGCAGCUUUUAGCAAUACUCGAGCAAUAUCAC